AUGGGCGUGGAGCUGGCCCAAUGAGGGUGGGAGUGGGUGGGGCAGGCGCGAGCGGCAGUGCUAAAGGAGCCCGGCGGAGGCAGCGGUGGGUUUGGAACUGAGACGCUGGAUCUGUGGUCGCUGCUGGGGACGUGCGCUGGCGCCACCAUCUUCGGCUGAAGAGGCAAUUACUUUUGGAUCCAUCUGUUUACAAUGGCCCAGAGAACUGGACUGGAGGAUCCGGAGAGAUAUCUCUUUGUGGACAGGGCUGUCAUCUACAACCCUGCCACUCAAGCUGAUUGGACAGCUAAAAAGCUGGUGUGGAUCCCAUCAGAACGCCAUGGUUUUGAGGCAGCUAGUAUCAAAGAAGAACGGGGCGAUGAAGUUAUGGUGGAGCUGGCAGAGAAUGGAAAGAAAGCAAUGGUCAACAAAGAUGACAUUCAGAAGAUGAACCCACCGAAGUUCUCCAAGGUGGAGGAUAUGGCGGAGUUGACGUGCUUGAACGAAGCGUCUGUUUUACAUAAUCUCAAGGACCGCUACUAUUCAGGACUUAUCUACACUUACUCUGGACUCUUCUGUGUAGUCAUAAAUCCUUACAAGAACCUCCCAAUUUACUCUGAGAAUAUUAUUGAAAUGUAUAGAGGGAAGAAACGUCACGAGAUGCCGCCACACAUCUAUGCCAUCUCAGAGUCUGCUUACAGAUGCAUGCUUCAAGAUCGUGAGGACCAGUCAAUUCUUUGCACGGGUGAAUCGGGUGCCGGGAAGACCGAAAACACAAAGAAAGUCAUUCAGUACCUUGCCCAUGUUGCUUCUUCACACAAAGGAAGAAAGGACCAUAAUAUUCCUCAGGAAUCGCCUAAGCCAGUGAAACCCCAGGGGGAACUUGAACGGCAGCUUCUACAAGCAAAUCCAAUUCUGGAAUCGUUUGGAAAUGCAAAGACUGUGAAAAAUGAUAACUCAUCUCGCUUUGGCAAGUUUAUUCGGAUCAACUUUGAUGUAACUGGCUAUAUUGUUGGGGCCAACAUUGAAACAUACCUUCUGGAAAAGUCUCGUGCUGUUCGUCAAGCUAAAGAUGAGCGUACGUUCCAUAUCUUUUACCAGCUGCUAUCUGGAGCAGGGGAGCACCUGAAGUCUGACUUACUCCUGGAAGGUUUUAAUAACUACAGAUUCCUCUCCAAUGGCUAUAUACCUAUCCCUGGACAGCAGGACAAGGAUAAUUUUCAGGAGACCAUGGAAGCGAUGCACAUAAUGGGCUUCUCCCACGAAGAGAUACUCUCAAUGCUUAAAGUCGUGUCUUCAGUGCUGCAGUUUGGAAACAUCUCUUUCAAAAAGGAGAGAAACACUGACCAAGCUUCCAUGCCAGAAAACACAGUUGCACAGAAACUCUGCCACCUGCUUGGGAUGAACGUGAUGGAGUUCACUCGGGCCAUCCUCACCCCCCGGAUCAAGGUUGGCCGAGACUACGUACAGAAAGCCCAGACGAAAGAGCAAGCAGAUUUUGCAGUGGAAGCAUUGGCAAAAGCUACCUAUGAGCGUCUGUUUCGCUGGCUCGUUCACCGCAUCAAUAAAGCACUGGAUAGGACCAAACGCCAGGGAGCUUCUUUCAUUGGAAUCCUGGAUAUUGCUGGUUUUGAAAUUUUUGAGCUGAACUCCUUCGAGCAGCUGUGCAUCAACUACACCAACGAGAAGCUGCAGCAGCUGUUCAACCACACCAUGUUCAUCCUGGAGCAGGAGGAGUACCAGCGUGAGGGCAUCGAGUGGAACUUCAUCGACUUCGGUCUCGACCUGCAGCCCUGCAUCGACCUCAUAGAGAGACCUGCCAAUCCUCCUGGCGUGCUGGCCCUCCUGGAUGAAGAAUGCUGGUUCCCUAAAGCCACAGAUAAGACUUUUGUUGAAAAACUGGUUCAGGAGCAAGGUUCCCACUCCAAGUUUCAAAAGCCACGGCAACUGAAAGACAAAGCCGACUUCUGCAUUAUCCACUAUGCGGGGAAGGUGGACUAUAAGGCAGAUGAAUGGCUGAUGAAGAACAUGGACCCUCUGAAUGACAAUGUGGCCACUCUCCUGCACCAAUCGUCAGACAGAUUCGUGGCUGAGCUUUGGAAGGAUGAGAUUCAGAAUAUUCAGAGAGCUUCUUUCUAUGACAGUGUUUCUGGUCUUCAUGAGCCGCCAGUGGACCGCAUUGUAGGUCUGGAUCAAGUCACUGGUAUGACUGAGACAGCUUUUGGCUCUGCAUAUAAGACCAAGAAGGGCAUGUUCCGUACUGUUGGGCAGCUCUACAAAGAGUCUCUCACCAAACUGAUGGCAACUCUCCGAAACACCAACCCCAACUUUGUUCGCUGCAUCAUUCCAAAUCACGAGAAGCGGGCUGGAAAACUGGACCCACAUCUUGUGCUAGAUCAGCUUCGCUGUAAUGGUGUCCUGGAAGGGAUCAGGAUCUGCCGCCAGGGUUUCCCCAACCGGAUAGUCUUCCAGGAAUUCAGACAGAGAUAUGAGAUCCUAACUCCCAAUGCUAUUCCUAAAGGAUUCAUGGAUGGCAAACAGGCCUGUGAGCGGAUGAUCCGGGCUUUAGAACUGGACCCAAACCUGUAUAGAAUUGGACAGAGCAAGAUCUUUUUCCGAGCUGGAGUUUUGGCGCACUUAGAAGAAGAAAGAGAUUUAAAAAUCACCGAUAUCAUUAUCUUUUUCCAAGCUGUCUGCAGAGGCUACUUGGCCAGAAAGGCCUUUGCCAAGAAGCAGCAACAACUAAGUGCCUUAAAGGUCUUGCAGCGGAACUGUGCGGCGUACCUGAAGCUGCGGCACUGGCAGUGGUGGCGAGUCUUCACCAAGGUGAAGCCUCUCCUCCAAGUGACACGCCAGGAGGAAGAACUCCAGGCCAAAGAUGAGGAGCUGCUGAAGGUGAAGGAGAAGCAGACGAAGGUGGAGGGGGAGCUUGAGGAGAUGGAGAGGAAACACCAGCAGUUGCUGGAAGAGAAGAACAUUCUUGCAGAACAACUUCAAGCUGAGACUGAGCUCUUUGCUGAAGCAGAAGAGAUGAGAGCAAGACUGGCCGCCAAAAAGCAGGAGCUGGAGGAGAUUCUCCAUGACCUGGAGUCCAGGGUAGAAGAGGAAGAAGAGAGGAACCAGAUCCUCCAAAAUGAGAAAAAAAAGAUGCAAGCACACAUCCAGGACCUGGAAGAACAGUUGGAUGAGGAGGAGGGAGCCCGGCAGAAGCUGCAGCUGGAGAAGGUGACAGCAGAGGCCAAAAUCAAGAAGAUGGAAGAGGAGGUUCUGCUUCUCGAGGACCAGAAUUCCAAAUUUAUCAAAGAAAAGAAACUCAUGGAAGAUCGCAUUGCCGAGUGUUCCUCUCAGCUGGCUGAAGAGGAAGAAAAGGCAAAGAACUUGGCUAAAGUCAGGAACAAGCAAGAAGUGAUGAUUUCAGACUUAGAAGAACGCUUGAAGAAGGAGGAGAAAACUCGACAGGAACUGGAAAAGGCCAAACGGAAACUGGAUGGUGAAACAACCGACCUACAGGACCAGAUCGCUGAGCUGCAGGCACAGGUGGAUGAGCUCAAAGUCCAGCUGGCCAAGAAGGAAGAGGAGCUUCAGGGGGCGCUGGCCAGAGGAGAUGACGAAACCUUGCAUAAAAACAAUGCACUGAAAGUCGUACGGGAGCUGCAGGCCCAGAUCGCUGAGCUCCAGGAGGACUUUGAGUCUGAAAAGGCUUCGCGGAAUAAGGCUGAGAAGCAGAAACGGGACUUGAGUGAGGAGCUAGAAGCUCUGAAGACAGAGCUGGAGGACACUCUGGACACCACAGCAGCCCAGCAGGAGCUACGCACAAAACGUGAGCAGGAAGUAGCGGAGCUGAAAAAGGCUCUCGAGGACGAAACUAAGAACCACGAAGCUCAGAUCCAGGACAUGAGACAGAGGCACGCCACGGCACUGGAGGAGCUUUCCGAGCAGCUGGAACAGGCUAAGAGGUUCAAAGCCAAUUUAGAGAAGAACAAGCAGGGCCUGGAGACGGACAACAAGGAGCUGGCGUGUGAGGUGAAGGUGCUCCAGCAGGUCAAGGCUGAGUCAGAGCACAAGAGGAAGAAACUGGAUGCCCAGGUCCAGGAGCUCCAUGCCAAGGUGUCAGAAGGUGACAGGCUCAGGGUAGAGCUGGCUGAGAAAGCAAACAAGCUACAGAAUGAGCUGGAUAACGUCUCAACCCUUCUGGAAGAAGCCGAGAAAAAAGGUAUCAAAUUUGCUAAGGAUGCAGCUGGUCUCGAGUCUCAACUACAGGACACACAGGAGCUCCUUCAGGAGGAGACUCGCCAGAAACUGAACCUGAGCAGUCGGAUCCGGCAGCUGGAGGAGGAGAAGAACAGCCUUCAGGAGCAGCAAGAGGAGGAGGAGGAGGCUAGGAAGAACCUAGAAAAGCAGGUGUUGGCCCUGCAGUCCCAGUUGGCUGACACCAAGAAGAAAGUGGACGAUGACCUGGGGACAAUUGAGAGUUUGGAAGAAGCCAAGAAGAAGUUGCUUAAGGACGUGGAGACACUGAGCCAGCGGCUGGAGGAGAAGGUCCUAGCGUAUGACAAGCUGGAGAAGACUAAGAACCGGCUGCAGCAGGAACUUGACGACCUGACGGUGGACCUGGACCACCAGCGCCAGAUCGUCUCCAACUUGGAGAAGAAACAGAAGAAGUUCGAUCAGCUGUUGGCGGAAGAGAAGAGCAUCUCUGCUCGCUAUGCAGAAGAGCGGGACCGGGCUGAAGCUGAGGCCAGAGAGAAAGAAACCAAAGCUCUCUCCCUGGCACGGGCUCUGGAAGAAGCCUUGGAGGCCAAGGAGGAAUUCGAGAGGCAAAACAAGCAGCUCCGAGCAGACAUGGAGGACCUGAUGAGCUCCAAAGACGACGUGGGGAAGAAUGUCCACGAGCUUGAGAAAUCCAAGCGGGCCUUGGAGCAGCAGGUGGAGGAAAUGAGGACCCAGCUGGAGGAGCUAGAGGAUGAGCUCCAGGCUACUGAGGAUGCCAAGCUCCGCCUGGAGGUCAACAUGCAGGCCAUGAAGGCCCAGUUUGAGAGAGACCUGCAAACCAGAGAUGAGCAGAAUGAAGAAAAGAAGCGGCUGCUGCUUAAGCAGGUACGGGAGCUCGAGGCAGAACUGGAGGACGAGCGGAAACAGCGGGCGCUUGCUGUGGCCUCAAAGAAGAAGAUGGAGAUAGACCUGAAGGACCUGGAGGCUCAGAUCGAGGCUGCCAACAAAGCCCGAGAUGAAGUGAUCAAGCAGCUUCGCAAGCUUCAGGCUCAGAUGAAGGAUUACCAGCGUGAACUAGAAGAGGCUCGUGCAUCCAGAGAUGAGAUUUUUGCUCAAUCCAAAGAGAGUGAAAAGAAACUGAAGAGUCUAGAAGCAGAAAUCCUCCAGUUGCAGGAGGAGCUGGCCUCGUCUGAGCGAGCCCGCAGACACGCAGAGCAGGAGCGAGAUGAGCUGGCUGAUGAGAUCGCCAACAGCGCCUCUGGCAAGUCUGCCCUGCUGGAUGAGAAGCGGCGCCUGGAGGCUCGGAUCGCACAGUUGGAGGAGGAGCUGGAGGAGGAGCAGAGCAACAUGGAGCUGCUCAAUGACCGAUUCCGCAAGACCACUUUACAGGUGGACACACUGAACACUGAGUUGGCAGCAGAACGCAGUGCUGCCCAGAAGAGUGACAACGCCCGUCAACAGCUGGAGCGACAAAACAAGGAACUGAAGGCCAAGCUGCAGGAGCUAGAAGGGGCUGUCAAGUCCAAGUUCAAGGCUACUAUCUCUGCCCUGGAAGCCAAGAUUGGGCAACUGGAGGAGCAGCUGGAGCAGGAAGCCAAGGAACGAGCAGCUGCCAACAAACUAGUCCGUCGAACAGAGAAGAAACUGAAAGAAAUCUUCAUGCAGGUUGAAGAUGAGCGGCGACAUGCGGAUCAGUAUAAAGAACAGAUGGAGAAGGCCAAUGCCAGGAUGAAGCAGCUUAAACGCCAGCUGGAGGAAGCUGAAGAGGAAGCUACACGUGCCAACGCAUCUCGGCGUAAACUCCAAAGGGAACUGGACGAUGCCACUGAGGCCAAUGAGGGCCUGAGCCGUGAGGUCAGCACUCUCAAGAACCGGCUUAGGCGGGGUGGCCCUAUCAGCUUUUCUUCAAGCCGAUCUGGCCGGCGCCAGCUACACAUUGAGGGUGCGUCACUGGAGCUAUCCGACGAUGACACAGAGAGUAAAACCAGUGAUGUCAAUGAAACGCAGCCACCCCAGUCAGAAUAGACACAGGAGGCUGGAGGGGACACAGAGGGCAGGCCGGAAGUCAACCCAGCGCUAGCCUGCUUGAGCCCUGCACUCGGGAAUGGCAAGCUCCAGGAUUACUCACAGGAAGAUCAACCAUGUCUUAAGGCUUUGCUGCCUGCGCAGACUGUGUCCUGCUUCAGACUAGGUACAGUUUCCCCCUUUUUAUAUAUACACCUCCACCAGACAUGCGUAUUAAAGACUGUCUCAUCGUUGCAUCUAUUCUCCAUAUAUUCAUCAAGAGACCACUUUAUGACACAUUAAGAGGAGGUAACCCUUUUUGAAACAAAUUCUAGACCCUUGUUGCCAGUCGCUGGGCCUGGGGCCCCAGGAUGGUUGCUCAGUUGCUCUGCAUGCUCUGUCGUCCUGACAGGUACCUUAGUUCUGUGCUCAUGUGGCCCUGACCCCUCAACCACAUCCAGUCUCUUAGGACAUUGUGAACCUAAACCUUCGCUUGUAUCAUUUCCUUUGAAUAAUGAUCACUGUCUCAGUGAGCAAACUGUGAAAGGGGCUUUUGGAGGCGUAGUAGGGGUGGGUUGGAUUGGGGAAGCAGCAUCAAUUUGGGGUUACCCUGCCCAUCUCCCAAGGGGUGGCCCUGCCUCUCAAAUUUACGGUGUCCCCGCCAUCUCAUGUGAUAGAGUCUUUGGCCCAGGCCUGUCUGCACACAGAGAGGACAGUGGCUACAACACAGCUAAGGCUCCCCAGGUGGCAGGCAUCACAGUGACUUCUAGGUGAUCUCCAGAAGUGUCUGGCUUGCUGGGAUGAGUGAGCAAUUCACUCAAUUCAGGAGUGACCCUUGGGAUGCUCACAGUCCUCUCCAAACUACCAGACCUUCCUGCUGACCUUGCAAAUUCAGCCACUGCUUUGAGCCCAAAACGGGAAUGUUGGUUUUGUGUUGGAGGUGUGUUCCAAGUUUGUCAAUGAGGCUACAUGACCUCAAGAACAGAUGCCAUCUGCCUGAAUGUUGACAUGCCAGUGGGUGUGAUCCUUCAUUUUUCCUUUUCCCUUCCUUUGGACAGUGUUACAAUGAACACUUAGCAUUCUGUUUUUGGUUGAUAGUUGAGCAAACUGACAUUACAGAAAGUGCCUUAGACACUACAGUACUAAGACAAUGUUAAAUAUAUUAUUUGCCUCUAUAACAACUUAAUGUAUUAAGUUUUGACUGUGCUUCAUAUCAUGUACCUCUCUAGUAAGUAGUAUAAACAAACAUUCAGUGACAGCAAAUCAGUGUUAAUGACAAAUCCCGAUCCUUGGCAAUGUGCUUGAAAACACAGACCUUUUGGGUUAAAAGCUUUAACAUCUGUUAGGAAGAAUUUGUCACGUGGGUUUGGAAUCUUUGAUUUCCCCUGUAUGGAUUGUACUGGCUGUUGACCACCAGACACCUGACUGCAAAUAUCUUUUCUUGUACUCCCAUAUUUCUAGACAAUGAUUUUUGUAAGACAAUAAAUUUAUUCAUUAUAGAUA